AUGGCUGCUUUACAAACAUACUCUCUACUAGUUUCUUGUUCUUGUUCUUCCUCUUCCUCUUCGGGUUGUUCUUUGAAGCGAACGAUCAACGCUUCGAUCCGAUCCCUGAAGCCCUCGAAACUCAGACUCACUGAUCAUCCAAGCACUCCGAUCACAAAGAAUCUCUAUGCGAUCUUGGAGGAUGUCGAAGAUAGAGUGGAGAUGCACGAAAACAUCGGCGAGCAGCGAGACAACUGGAACAAGCUCCUGUUGAACUCGGUCAAUACGAUGACUCUUACUGCCACCACCAUGGCGGCGAUGGCUGCGAUGGCUGCGGAUCUGCCGGCUCCAUCACUGAGAGCAUGCUCCGCUCUCUUGUUUACAGCGUCCACUGGGAUGUCACUUGUAAUGAGCAAAAUCCAGCCCUCACAACUGGCUGAAGAGCAACGCAAUGCCUCAAGGUUGUUCAAGCAGCUCCAGAGCGAGAUCAAGUCGAUGCUCGCCCUCCAAUCCCCCACUGAAUCAAACUUAGAGGACACGAAAGAGAAGGUGCUGGCCCUAGAUAGGGCGUAUCCACUGCCUCUGCUUGGAGCGAUGCUCGAGAAGUUCCCCAUGAAAUUAGAGCCUGCCACAUGGAAGCCUAGGGUUUUCAACAACCGCGGCCAAUCCCAAGGGCGCAAAACUGUGACAAACACGGAGCGAAACGGAUGGAGCGAGGAGCUGGAAGAGGAGAUGAGAGCCAUCGUCCAAGUCCUCAAGAGCAAAGACAAGCAAGAAUACUUGAGGCUCGGGAAUUUGGCCCUAAAAUUGAAUAAGAUGAUGGCGGUUUCUGCUCCUUUGCUGGCCGGCAUGGCUGUGGCCGGAUCAGCCUUCAGUGGCUCGACAGCCAUGACGGUGGCAGCCAUUGCUGGUGCAAUGGCGGCUAUCAUCAACAUCAUCGAGCAUGGAGGUCAAGUCGGUAUGGUCGUGGAGAUGUACAGAAACUGUGCAGGGUUCUUCGAUCUUAUGGAACAGACGAUCGAAGCGACACUAGAAGAGAGCAACUACAGCAAAAGAGAGAACGGAGAGAUGUUCGAGAUGAGGGUGGCGAUGAAGCUGGGGCGGAGCUCGUCACAGCUCCGAGAUUUAGCAAGAAAAUCAAGGGCUUCUGGUAUAGACGAGGUGGAUGAGUUUGGAAGCAAGCUUUUCUGA